CUGCAGGAAGUACAUGCACGUUCUCUUCUGUCUGUCAAACGUGACUGAGUGGCUUAGUUUGACCCCAUCUCUGCGCCUGGGAUGGCCCUGUUGGUGGAUCUGCGUCUGGGCUGCAGCCCUGAACACACCGGCUCCUUUCUGCUGAAGGACACAGAACUGCAGGUCUUCCUGCUGUGCGGGGAUCGUUUCCGGGACACACCGGACACCUUUCUGACCUCCAGUAGACAGACGCACGUUUUGGACUGCCGCUCCACCACAGAGAGUUUGUACCAACUCAAGCAGACCGUGGACCGGCUUGACCUAAGCGUGAUCCGGGUCCUCACGAGUCCACAAGGUCGAGCCGAACUGAGCCACUACCAGAGGCUGCUGUUCACCGACGUUUACAAAUUUGAUUAUGCCGUGACACCUCUGGACACAACCAUGUGUCCGAGCGGCACAGGCUCCGCCCACAAAGACACACCUGGACAGAGGAUCGAGGCAGAAGUUUCAGCGUUUCUGCAGCAGCUGCCCGGACUGCACGGGGAUGUCAGAGUGCUGAAGUCAACGCUGAUUCCAGGCUGUUUCGGACACGGCUUCAGCACUCGUACAGGUGGUGUGUCUUACAUCCCAACCCUGUCCUCCAUGAAUCUGUUUUGCAGCAGCAGGAGGAGGGACCCUGUUGCCGUAGUGACAGAGAACAGACGCAGACUGGCUGUUCAUGCCGGUUUCCACCCUUUGCCUCUGCGUAUGGUGAAGGUGAAUCAUGCCAGUGAUGUAUGGGUUAUGGGGAAAGCUGAGCCAGAGAGCUAUGAUGCCCUGGUGACCGAUCAAAGAGGGGUUGUUUUAGCAGCUCCAGGUGCAGACUGCAUGCCCAUCCUGUUCUCUGAUCCGGUUAAAAAGGUCAUUGGUGCUGCUCAUGCAGGUUGGAAAGGGACACUGAUGGGGGUUGCCAUGGCAACAGUGAAUGCCAUGGUGAUGGAGUUUGGCAGCAGAGCAAGCGACAUCAGGGUGGCAGUGGGACCAUCAGUGGGUGUUUGCUGCUUCACCUUGGACAGAGAGCAGGCGCUGGAGUUCAGACAAAUCCACACGGAUUGUGUCCCCGAUCCCAAGUCAGCCAAACCUCACGUGGACAUCCGGCUCGCCAAUAGGGUUCUUCUCCAGAAAGGGGGGGUCCUGCCAGAGCAAAUCCAUGACAACUUGGUGAUGGAGCAACCCAGCGUGACACCCUGCACCUCGUGUCACCCUGAAGAUUUUUUCUCUCAUGUUCGAGAUGGUCUGAACUUUGGUACUCAGGUAGGCUUCUUGUGGAUCAAAGAGGCAGAAGAGCAGACCGGAACUCCUGAAGGGCCACAUGGAUCCAUGUGAGGGUCAUGAAGAUGACAUCAUCAAAAAGGCUAGAAAUGAAGAGGCUCUUUUACAGAACAAGGUGGCAGCAAACAAACUUUAGAUAAGUGUGAAGAUGUUUCAGGUUGGUGCGUGAUCGCACUGCCCAGCUCAGCACAGCAGGGAUCCUCCAGUAAAACUGAAACCUCAGAUGCUGAAGGAUCAAACCAUCUGCACGCACCUUUACAGCAUUUGUGAGAAACUUCAAUAUUUCAGAGUAACCCUUGUGCUAUCCUAGAUACUUUAACAUUGGGAGUUGGGUCAUGUAGACCCCACAAGACAGUGUGCUGAACCUUUUUCUACAAUGAUUUGUGCUCUUCACUGGUGUCCAUGGAUUACAUGAAAUCCUCUUCACCUUUAUCCACCUUUGUUGUGGUAGGGAUAACACGUCAAUGUAAGAGUGGGGUCAUAGGAUAGCACAAGGAAUAAUGCAGCAUUUUAAUGGGUUAAAAAGCUUAAAAUGGCUUAAAACGUGUGUGUUGUUCUUCUGUCAACCAAUGUCAAAUAAACAGUUUAUUCCAUA